GCAGCUGCGGGCUUGGGGCGUCAGGCCCCCCACUUCUGGCCCUGGAGCCCAGAGUCAGCUCAGGCUAGCAUGUCCUCCAAGGCAGCCCCGUCCCUGCUGGAGACCCUGAGCAGCGACUUCCUGGCCUGCAAGAUCUGUCUGGAGCAGCUGCAGACGCCCAAGACCCUGCCCUGCCUGCACACAUAUUGCCAGGGCUGCUUGGCACAGCUGGCAGAGGAUGGCCGGGUCCGCUGCCCUGAGUGCCGAGAGGCUGUGCCCCUGCCCCCCGGCGGUGUGGCCGCCUUCAAAACCAACUUCUUCGUCAACGGGCUCCUGGAUUUGGUGAUGGCCCGGGCUGGGGAUGUGGCCCGUGGGAAGCCAGCCUGUGCCCUAUGCCCACUGGUGGGAGGCGGCAGCACCCCGGGGGCCCCGGCCACCGCUCGCUGCCUGGAUUGCGCCGACGACUUGUGCCAAGCCUGUGCCGAUGGGCACCGCUGCACCCGGCAGACCCACACUCACCGCGUGGUGGACCUGGUGGGCUACCGGGCCGGCUGGUAUGACGAGGAGGCCCGGGAGCGCCAGGCAGCCCAGUGCCCACAGCAUCCAGGGGAGACGCUGCGCUUCCUCUGCCAGCCCUGUGCCCAGCUGCUGUGUCGUGAGUGCCGCCUGGACUCCCACCUGGACCAUCCCUGCCUGCCACUGGCCGAGGCGGUGCAGGCCCGGAAGCCAGCGCUGGAGCAGCUGUUGGCUGGCGUGGAUGGGACCCUGACACAGCUGGAGGCUGCUCAGACUCAGGAGAAAGAGGCCCUGAACCGGCUGAGAGAACAGAGCCAGCAGGUCGGGGCACAGGUGGAGGAAGCUACCGAGGGCUUCCUUCGGGCGCUCCUGGUCCAGAAGAAGGAGGUUCUGGGGCAGCUCCGGGCCCACAUGGAGGCGGCUGAGGAGGCCUCUCGGGCCAGGUUCAGGGAGCUGGAGGACCAGGCGGAGGCAGCCAGAGCUGCUGCUGCCUUUGCCCGCAGGGUUCUCAGCCUGGGCCGUGAGGCUGAGAUCCUAUCGCUGGAGGGUGCCAUAUCCCAGAGGCUUCGUCAGCUGCAGGACACCCCUCUGGGGGCUAAGCCGACACCCCACUUGCUGCCCCAGCUGCAGCUGCAUCCUGCGCUCAGCACCGACACCACCUGCCAGCUGCUGUUGCUCUCUUUGGACCAGCCAGAACCCCAGAGCGACCGAGGCUCACCCAGUGUCAGAAACCCACCCAGCCCCAGGCCGGAGGGAACCCCGAAGGAGAAGCCCAGUGCAGGGAGGGCGCCAACACCCCCUGAGGACAGGGCCCUGACCCCCAAAGAAGGUCGAUCCCAGAUGCCCCGGGGGAGUAGAUCCAACAAGAAGGCCAAGUUCAAGGACAGGCUGAAGUCCAUGUCCCGGGAGGCCAGCCCGGCCCUGGGGCCUGCCCUGGAAGGCUCCGGCCUCUUGCCCAGGCCCAUCUUCUCCUGCAGCUUCCCCACGCGCAUGCCAGGAGACAAGCGUGCACCCCGUAUCACCGGGCUCUGCCCCUUUGGGCCCCGCGAGAUCCUGGUGGCUGACGAGCAGAACCGGGCGCUGAAACGUUUCUCCCUCAACGGCGACUACCGUGGCUCAGUGCCUGUCCCCGAGGGCUGCUCGCCCUGCAGUGUGGCCGCCCUGCAGGAUGCUGUGGCCUUCUCGGCCACCUCCCGGCUCUAUCUCAUCAGCCCCAAUGGCGAGGUGAGGUGGCGCCGGUCCCUGAGCCUCUCCCAGGCCAGCCACGCUGUGACCGCCCUGCCUGGUGGUGACCGGGUGGCCGUGAGCGUGGCGGGCCACGUCGAGGUGUACAACAUGGAAGGCAGCCUGGCCACACGCUUCAUCCCCGGUGGCAAGGCCAACCGCGGCCAGCGGGCUCUCGUGUUCCUGGCCGCCACCCACCAGGGCCACUUUGUGGGGUCUGAUUGGCAGCAGAAUAGCUUGGUGGUCUGUGACGGGCUGGGCCAGGUGAUUGGGGAGUACCGAGGGCCCAGCCUGCACGGCUGUCAGCCAGGCUCUGUGUCAGUGGACAAGAAAGGUUACAUCUUCCUGACCAUCCGUGAGGUCAACAAAGUGGUUGUCCUCGACCCCCAGGGGGUGCUGUUGGGCGACUUCCUCACGGCUUACCACGGCCUGGAGAAGCCGCGCGUCACCACCAUGGUGGAUGGCCGCUUCCUCGUGGUGUCCCUCAGUAAUGGGACCAUCCAUGUCUUUAAGGUUCGAGCUGCAGACAGUUAA